AUGUCCAGUUAUCGUUCGAAACAUACAGGAAGCAUAAAAAAGGAAGAACAAGAGGUCGUACAGUUCGAAACUGCUGAGCAAAAAACCGAAGGUGGUGCUGGUGAAGUAACACCAACCGAAACCGAUGCUUUAAAGCAAGAGGACUCAACUACUGGUAACGCCGAAGAAGUCAAAGUAGACGAGACCCUUAACGCUCAAGAGAUGAAACGUGAACAGAAAAACGAUAAAGAUACCUUGGAAACAAAGUACCCGGGAAACGAACGCGAAAAUAUGCUUGGUUCCAGACUUAAGAACGUCACAAAACUCGUUGGGGCUCAUGUCAGUGUUAGUGGAGGAGUUCAUAACGCCAUUGCUAAUAGCUUGUCUAUUGGCUAUUUAAUAAACCUUGGGAAUCCCGAUAAAGAAAAGAGAGAAAAGAGCUAUGAGGCCUUUCUUGAGGACUUGAAAAGAUGCGAAACAUUGGGCAUCCAUUUGUACAAUUUCCAUCCAGGUUCUAGUGUUGGAAAGUGCACCAUUGAUCAAUCCAUACGACAUAUCGCAGACUGCAUUAACAGGGCACACAAGGAGACAAAAAAUGUCGUUUGUGUGAUUGAAAAUAUGGCCGGCUCAGGAAAUGUGGUUGGAUCAAAGUUUGAAGAGUUGGCUAAAAUUAUUUCGCUUGUUCAAGAUAAAUCGCGUGUCGGUGUUUGCAUUGACACAUGUCAUGCUUUUGCUGCGGGUUACGACCUUCGCACGAGCAAGAAAUAUGAUGAAACCAUGACCGAAUUCUCUCACAAGAUUGGGUUUCAAUAUUUACGAGGAAUGCACUUGAACGAUUCUCUUACCGGUCUAGGAUCCAACCGUGAUCGUCACGCAAAUAUUGGUAAAGGGUAUUUGGGUCUUGAGCCUUUUCGCUUGAUUAUGAAUGACAACCGUUUGGAUGGUAUUCCCUUGAUAUUGGAAACCCCAGUAUCACAAGACGACGAAUAUAAGAAAGAAAUUGAAUUGCUCUAUGAACUUGUGGGCAAAUCGAGCUUAACUGAAGCAAGCAUUCCGGGUGAUUUUGUAGAGGGUCAAGAUGCAGUGGCAGAACAAAAAGGGAACAAAGGAAAAAGGUCAAGCAAAAAUAUGUCAGGAGUGGAUUCGGACAAGAAGAAAAAGGCGAAGAGCAAAUAG